AUGUCUCGACCAACAACUCCUAUACCCAGAAGCAGGCCAAGCACCAGCCAAUGGGCCCACCAUCACACAUCGCCCUCGCGUGAAUCCAACGUGAAGCACACCUCCCCUCCAUCCUCUCAUCAUGAAGAAACGCCAUCCGAGUCGUGCCCCAAACCCCCUUCCCCACACGCCUCCCGCCAACCCUCACAAGAAAGACCGAGAUCCCCUACCCCGAAUAUCAUGCUCAGCGGCUGGCAACCCGUAGAACCCAGCCCCGCCCUCUGGGUCUUUGUCAAAAACGUGCCUGCGCUACCGUCUGCACCCGAGUUUGCGGGUCCGCCUGGGGUACCGGCACAGGAACAGGCACAGGUAGGGCUACUGCAAACGGAUUGUGAUGGCUCGAGGUGCGAUUCUGUGGUUGAGGGAGAGAUGGUGGCUCGUGCGAGGAGGAAUGGGGGGGAGAUGGUUAGGGGCGUGGACGUGGAUAUAGAUAUAGAUGUGGAUUUGGAGAGGCAAGGGGUAGAAGAGGAGGAGGACAAGGCACAGGGGAUACGACGGGUGUGGGGGAGGAUAAGGGGGUGGAUGCUUGGGUGGUUGAGCUGA